AUGGGAGCACAACUCCCGCAGGAUCAUCUGAUCCUGGUGCACAUGCGGGAUUCCGGCGAGGUGGAGGUGCUGGAAGACGUGAUGGAGGAGGAGCAGGAUGAACUGGUCCCCAACCCGUUCUACCCGGCCCCCGUGGUCACCCCUCCCGAUGUGACCGUCGAGAUGGAGGAGGAGGCCGUGCUGGCCGCUGAAGCAGAGGAGGCCGAUGAGGAGGCAGUACCUGCUAAGUCAGACUCGAGCGAGUCCGACGAUGGAAACGCGAACGAAGCUUACGAGUGGAGCGACGAAGGGGAUGAAUGGUGGGCCCCUGGUCGCUAUGAGGGGGGUGAGGUAGAGGAGUGGGUGGCGGGUGACGAAGAUGAGUAG